UGAACCAAACGCCCCGUAAUAUGUAUGUCCAUGGACCAUGGCGCCAUUUAACCUGAUUUCAUCCGAGAAAAUGAGGCGGCAACCAGAAAACACACGGCGUCUCUGCCGACUAAUCAACGACUCACUUGCUCCAUUCAAUUCAAUCACCGAGCUUUCAAUUCCAAUCCCUAAGCAAACCGAGAAGCAACUCUUAAUCUCCUUGUCCAACACCGCGCGUCAAAUUAAGCUUUGGACUGAAGAAUAUGACGAUUCUGAUUCCGACACUGAUGCGAAGGAGACUGAUCACACGGUUUGCACGGAUGAAGAUCAUCAUUGCUUAACUAAAAUUGUUAUUGAAUUGGUAUCCUUGCUGGAAGUCAAAAAUAUUUAUGUACAGCAUAUAGCUGGAAACAUUCUUGUGGUUAUUUCUAAGUUUUUGGCUGCUUCUGGGAGCUGUUAUGAUAAAUAUGUAUACUUGUUGGCUCUUUGCCUAGAACUGUCAACUUGUAAUUGUUUACAAACUUUGGAACCGUCAACUAGAUUCGAUGAAUCACAUUCCAAUUUGUCAGCUUCCUUUUUAGUCUUAAAGCAGUCUUUAAAAUCUGCAAGUUGGUAUACAGCGGCUGGUGUAAUAUCUGUUUUGCGUAAUAUGCUGAAACACCUAAAAAUGGAAUGUGAUGAUCAGCUUUUGAAAGGGUACCUGAAUUCUGUCAGAAGUUGUAUCUUGAAUAUACCUUGGAAUGUCUUUGAGGAGGUUUCUCUUGGCGAAAUGUAUCUACAACAUGAAGAUGCUUUAAAUCGUAAUAAACUUCAGAACCUUCCUUCAUUGACGCUGUUUAAUGGAAAUCUAGUUCAGUUUUUUUGUUCUCUGGCUGCACAUGGUUCUGCAUCUGAAACUUCAGCUGCUUAUAUGAACGAGCAACCUGUUGCUUGCAUCAUUGGCAAUGUAAUGCCUAAAAUUCUAGGAUGGUGCCUCAGAAAACAAGAUCAUAAUAACACUCGCACAUCUCAAUACCUCAGACACAAAAUUUUGAAGCUAAUGGUCAGGCUUACUUACCAAAUGCAUUUGCAAUGUGAAGUUCUUGUCUCAUGGUUGAAUAUUAUCGGCAAAUACUUCCAAGAUCUUUUAGCUGAACCACUUACUAGAGUGGAAAAUAAUAUGGGCGACUCCUUAGAAGGUUCACCAUUUUUGAUUAGCUUCUCUAAAGAUAAUAAGGGUAUUUCUGAUCAUCAUUUGCAAAGACUUGCAGUUUUCCUUUUCUUGAGGUGUUCCCUGAGUUUGGUUUGCCAAAGAGAUGGGACUGAUGAGCGUUGUGUUUGUGAUGAGGAAAAGUUGAACCAUUCAUGCUGCAACAGGAGACAAGGUAUCUUAGGGCUAUAUCAGUGGCUUCGUGGACACAUUGCUCAAGAUAUGUUUGCAGACAAUGAUAUUUACAUUCAGAAAUGCACAAGCUUUUCCUUGUCCUUUCUCCAGCUAUUUAUGCAUGAGGAUGACAUCCUAUUCAAAGUUCUCUUGCAACUGUUUACUGUUCCUUUGUCAGUGAAACCGGUUUCUAGAGGGUCAAUAACUCUUCAGAAAGUAGAAGAUGAAGAUAAUAUGUAUCGUCAUAUUUCGGACCUUUUAAAUCCCAUAUGCCUUUUCCAUCUCUUUCUCGCUGAGCUGCUCUAUGAUUAUCAAGUACUGCUUGAUUACCUAAUUUCAAAAGAUACAGGAGCUAGUUCCGCUGAAUACCUUUUGAGGUGUCUGCGUGCAGUAUGCGAUUCAUGGAUCUCUUUUGUGGAGUUCUCAUGGGAUGAGGAAGUUACAAAUUAUACAAAAUUUAAGAAAAGAAAAGUUCUUGUUGAUGUUCUUGAUUUAGAGGGAGGAGAAAGUUCUGUGCAGCGUGAAACUGAUGAUAGUUCUCUUUCACUAACGAAAAGAUGCAUGAGAAAGGAUGUAUACACUAGCAGGCAGCAUCAAACUACAAGACCGCCAUUCGAGCGUGCCAUGGAGUGUUUGCUUUCACUAAAAAGUUCUCUACUGAAUCUGCAUAGAAAAAAGUUGUUCCCAUAUAAUCCAGAUGUGCUUUUGAGACGUUUGACAAAAAUCGAGGAGCUUUGUCUGAAGCAGAAGAAUCUUCUAACUUCAGAAUGAAAAUAUUCUGCACGACCUUGAAUGUCGAGAUUUUGAGAAUCAUCAUAUUUUCUAGUUGUCAUCUUAUUUUAUGUGGCUCGGAGCUAAAACAUAGAUGACGGCUGUUCACUCUUGUGGCCAGAUAUUGACAUAGAUGAGUCUAAAUAUAAGGGGCAGGUUCUUGCUCUUGCUGAAUACUCCUUUUUCUCGAAGCUGACGUUUCUCUAGAUGCGUCGUUCAUUCCCUCUGGCUUGUGGUGCCUUGCCCAUUGUUAGGCGAGAUCUCUGUCAUAUGAGACCUCAACGAGUAGACGAGGUUCUUUCACGAUUCCUACCUCUCGCUUCUGUUGCUAACUUAUGCAAUUUUGGAACUCUGCGAACAUUAUGACGGGCCUUAAAUAUGGUGUUCGGUUUUGCCCAUAAUAACAGUUGCUUUUAGUUUAGGGUGCUUACUCUAGUUACUCAUGUCAUAUGUAUUUUUUAAGAUAAAAUUUAUAUAAUUAAAAUAGGUUACAUUUAAAGAACAUUCAAUUCAAAGAUUAUAUAUAUACAAAUUUUUUUGGUUGUAA